ACAUGCUGCUUUAUAUCUCUCUGCAUAGCAGCAUGUCUCCUAGCACACACACAUGUCUCUCUAGUAACACAGCACACAGUUAACCCUUUGAUCGCCCCACAUGUUAACCCCUUCCUGCCCAGCGCCAUUAGUACAGUGUCAGUUAUUAGCACCGAUCACUGUAUUGGUGUCACUGGGGAUGUCAGUGACACCAAGUCAGCCCCCCCUCAGUGUCAGAAUGCCCCCCACAGUCCCACUAUAAGUCACUAAUCACCACCACGACUAGUAUAUAUA